AUGGCUUAUUAUUCUUCAUUCAAGCCUUCGCUCCUAUUUCUGAUCUGUUUCUUUAUCGCCACCUCUCAGGCGAGAGACUCCAUCGCCACUCACCGCCUCCAUUUCUUUAUCCACGAGAACGGUAACAACCCCAACCCCACUGCUAUCGCCGUCGUCAACUCUACUACCAGCAACUCGGGCGGCUUCGGCAGCAUUGUGGUUUUCGACGACGAAGUAAGAGAAGGCUCCAGUGCCGACUCCAAGAUUAUCGGACGAGCCCAAGGCAUAGCUCCGGAGGUGUCGCGUAGCCAGCGGGCUUGGCUCGGCCUGCUCAGCAUCGUCUUUUUGGAUGGAAAGUACAAUGGCAGCUCGCUCAUGUUGAUGGAUCGGGCGACCCUCGAGGGAGCCAACGAGCGAAUCAUCAUCGGCGGCACUGGAAGAUUUCGGUUGGCAAGGGGCUACACCAUCAAUACAUUGCUGAGUGACACUCCGGCAGGACACUUUAUCAUCGAGUGCGAUGCUUAUAUCAUGCAUUGA